AUGGCCAGCCAGGCAGAGCCAACAAUCGAGGAGAUAAAAGAGUGUGAUGUGGACGACCUACUCGAGUGGAUCCAACAAAGGCAACCAAAACUGCUUAAGAGUGACGAUCUCAAGAAAUUACAAAAGGCGCGCGUCGACGGAGUUAUCUUCUUGAAACAUGCUGGCGAUGCGGGGUUCUUCGAAAAUAAAUGCAAGCUGCCUAUUGGGACUAGCGAGAGGCUCGCGGAUCUGGCGAUGGAGGUCACUGGUGUGGUAGAGAAAGACAAUCAACCGAACCAGAUAGCCGGCCGAAAGAGGAAAAGGAAUAAAAUAGGCACACCUGAGUCGCCCAUUACACCAAAAAAAAAACGUCUGGCACAAUCAUUAUCGGAGCUCGCUAAGCGUGCGAGCGAACAAACGAAGCAAAUCACGACAAUGAUUACAAAUAUCCACAACUCUUCCAUCCAGCAGUCCAACUCCGUCGAUCCUCUUUCCGGAGCCAUCGACCAAUUCUCCGAUCCCAAAUUUAAUGACACACUUGCAUUCCCAUUUGUCGGUUUCGAGGUACCAACUCGAUUCAAGGUGGACAAUGAGGCUAACGGAAAUUGGUUAUUCCUGGGAAGAAUGAGGUUUAAAGAACUUUUCCAGACGCUGAACGAAGUGCGGAAUAGUCGCAAUCACUCCGCCCUUUGGCUCUACGGGACCCAGGGCUACGGAAAGUCUCAUAUGCUAGCCGCCCUCGUCUGCUAUUUGGCUGCUCGGGGGGAACGUGUUAUCUACAUCCCGACUUGCCGAACGUUGCUUCAGGAUCCUGUUAGUUACGUCCAAGCAGCAAUGCUGUUUGCUUGGGCAGACGACGAUGUCGCCACCUCAGAGAUCAUAAACCUGAACGAUCAGGAGGAGAUCACAGCCUUCUUACGGUCCCAAACAAACGUCAUUUUUGUCAUUGAUCAGAUGAACGCUUUGAAGAUUGAUAACUCUAUGGAGGAAAAAGGGGGCCAAAACAUAUUUAAGUGGAUAAUGAGUUUCACUUUCGGGAAGAAAAGUGUCUUCAGCUGCUCCGCAAAUUAUUCGACCUACCUUGCACGGUCUAACAAAGAGAACCAGGACAGAGUGUUACGCGUCUAUGGUGGGCUGAGCAGGGCGGAAAUGGAUCAGUGGUGGAAACGACAUAACCAUCUUCAGAGAGGACACUACACAAAGGAUGAAAUUGAAGACGUCACAGGCUGCAUCCCAUUGCUCUUAGAUAAGUGCGUGGUGGGUGAGAAUAUUGAGUUGAAAAUUCCCGAGUUACGCACUAUCUCUGAUAAAGCUGUUGGGUUUGCGCAGGAAAUCAGAUCUAAGUUCAAAGGUGACUCGUACGAAUGGAAUCGGUAUUGCCAAUAUGCGAAGGCAUGCUGCCUCCACACAAGAAUUCCAGAUGGAUGGAUCCAGCGACUCAACCUAAUCGACCAUCGGUACUUUUACCACCUCGACGAUGACAGGAUUGGAAGACUUACGUGUGGUUUAGUUCGCGACGCUAUAAUAGAUCAGCUUCGUCAGUUGAACUUUCCACUCACCGUCACUGAUUGUCUGGCUUCGUUGGACAAGUUUAUAGACAACAAUGCUGCCGUUGGGCAUAUGAUAGAGCAAGCUAUCCUCACAGCCAUCAAUUCGAAGGAUUUAGCUUCUGUCACAGGAAUUGGAAGUCCUAUGGAUGUUAGAACCCUUGAAGACUCGUCCAGCAUCGAAACGAAUAUCAUAGGUAAACCCGUGCUUUAUCGCCCUAGCAAACACAAUUUUGAGGCCAUUGAUGGUAUGAUUGUCUUGAUCGAGUCAUUGGAGACGGAGAAGAAUACUCAAAAGGAACAGCCCACCGGGAACAGUACCAAAGGGAAAAAGCCAACCAAGAACAAGACUCAGAAAAGAAAACCGAAGUUGCUCAUGUUCCCACUUCAGAUCACAGUGGAACCACGCACUCACUCAGACUCUCAUGCGAUAUUCUUCAAUAAAUACGCUGAGUGGACUGAUAAACUUACCAAAUUUGACGUGGUGCCAGAGUUCAUCUGGAUCACCCCAGAAGAGCUUGUCGACAAACAUCACCAGGCUUCUGGCGGUGUGCCCGAACAUAACGAGCGUUAUAUUCAUAUCAAGAACGUCAACAUUGAGAUCUGGGAGAAGUACGAAGCCGCCAAAGCAACCCAACGAAUAACCGCCGCUAGUGGAAGCGCCAUGGGAGCACAAGGGGAAACCGUGGAAGCACAGGGGGAGGCCGUGGAAGCACAAGGGGGAGCGGUGGAAGCGCAAGCAGAGGCCACACAAGCACAAGCGAAGGGCCACAAAGAAGUCAAAGAAACAUAG